AGGGUGUGUGUUCACAUGAACACAUUCUUCCCCUCCUACAUGCAUGCCACCAGCCACUGUUGUCUCUCCGGCAGAGAGGAGAAAGUUGAUGCAAAUUCCGAGUAAUCUCCAGGAGCUUCCAGACACCCGAGCAAGCCCAGGUUUCUUCUGAUCUCUCCUACACAUUUACUCUGCUCCACUCACAUACACCCACCAGCCAUCACUGCUGGUACUGUAGAGGGAAGAAGAGACACGAGGAGGACUGUUACAGAUCUUUAUACCCAGCUGCUCACCCAGCCACCACCAGACUAUUUGGCAGAGAUGUGGACUUUUCCUGUAGGGGUAAUCUUUGGAAUACUGGCCUCUGGCAGUUCAACCCAACUUCAAGUUAACUCUCGCACCUGCAGUUAUGCAGGCGUAUUUCUGGUUGAGGGAGAGAGUCGCCACUCUCUGACUCUUGAAAUGGCAAGAAAAGUCUGUGAGCAGCUGGAGAGCACAAUCGCAAGUCCAGAGCAAGUCCAACUGGCCUAUAACAGCAGCAUGGAAACGUGCAGGUACGGUUGGAUCAGCAAUGGGAGCAGCGUCAUUCUCAGGCACACUCAGCAUGAAAACUGUGCAAGGAACUUGACUGGGUUUAUUGUUAACUCACAUACUGAAGAUCAAUUUGAUGCUUACUGUUAUGACGAAAAUGAUUUUGCUGAGAAGAACUGCAGCAAGGCUUUCCGGGAAAGCUUACUCUCAGACACAACAGCUCUGACAUCACCACAGCCUCUGACCGAUGGCACAACGGAGUCAGAAACAUCAGAAACAAUCCCAAAGGAGGACAGGAUAAAUUCUCCAACAGCUGCAACUACAUCUGAAGAUCUGAGUAAAGAUGAUUUCACUACGGUUCCUGAGGAGGGAAACCCCGCUGGAGGAAGCAACGUCACUUCCGCUUUCACUACAAUGGAGCCAGACCCGAGUGAUGGAUCUGGGAUGGGGCCUGCUCAACCAGAGGAGGAAAAACCAACUCCAGUGAUCAACGCUGAAACGACAACAUCGAGUGAAAAGAGACCUAUUGAAACCAAUGAUGCCAAACCGAAUAGUGGAGGAAGAUCGUCUAAUUUGGGAAAUGAUAGUGAGAAUAAAAAAGACAGCAGCUCAUCAGAUUGGCUGGUUGUUCUCGGUGUUAUUGUAGCAGUCGGUGCAAUUCUCCUUGUGUGUGCAGCUGCUGCCAGGAAAAAAGGGUGGUGUGGCAGAAAGCAAACGCUGAAUAUCACAACCAAAGACAGCAGCGACGGCAACGGGGUCGCAGCUGCAGCAUGCAGCUCCCGCAACCCGGAGAGAGAGCAGGAGAUGGUGACCCUCAUGAACAAGGAGACCAUCCAGGAGAACGGCAACACGGAGGAGUUCACUGUCAUCACGUUAGAGGAGUCUCCAGAUAAAGACCAGCAGGCCUGAGAGUUGGGCAGGAAAGAGCCGGGAAGGUUGGGGGAAGACUUUUGAGAGGAUAAAAGAGUUGGAGGCUAUUGGAUGGGCUUGUAGUGGACGGGCACUGAGUAAGAGCAUUUGAAUGUGUCAUUUCGUGUUCAACUAAAGUACAAAGUAUUGCACAGAAAGCUUUUUAAAGAGGCUAAGCAUUUCAGAUCAGUGCGCAAGAAUGAGAGAUUUAGAACAAAAUAUCAGAAUAUGUUUAUUUUCCGUUCACAUUAAUUACUGUGUGUGCUAUUUUUAAUUAUUGAUUAUGGGGAGUUCUAAGAGUGGGUGAAAAGCUUUUUGUUAAAUUUGAUGACUGUAAAAUUCUAGCUAGUAAUCUCAACCGGAAAAAGAAAUAAAUGGUAAUUUUCUUUUUGUGAUCUUUUAUUUAAGAGACAGAGAGAGAGAGAGAGAGAGAAAAAAAACUUCCCUUACUUCUUUAUUUUCAUGUUUUUCCUUUCUGCACAUAUUUCAGACAUGUCCUGUUGUCUGUAAUUGUUGCUUUAAGAAAACUGGGGAUGGAUCAGUCGCAACUAUCUUCCUUUUGAUUCUGUUUUCCCUGACUGUGUACAUAAUAUGAAACUUUACAAAUGUUGCAAUAGCUGCCAUUGCUUUUUGUUUUUUUCAUAGGAAAAUGCUUUGUCGAUUUAGUGUGAAGGACUGCUGCUGUUUCUAGUAGUAUUUAAUCAGAAACUGUACCUUAGAGGUAAAUGUUUUGGUUUGUGAAGGUCAGAAUAGAUAGCAUCCUGAAUCAGCAUGACUUAUAGCUUUCCAAAGUGAGUGCUUAGUGCACAACCGACGAUGAUGAAUACAGAAAUAAGAUUAUGUUUUGAUCAUACCAUGUGGAUGAAAAGUUUAUUAUUGGGAAUCUGCUUGGCAGAUACUGAUUUUGAGACAAAACAAAGAACUGGGUGGUAUUUCAAGUACGUUUAUCAAUUUUGAGAUAAACUCAAGCUCAAUUUUUAUGAGACGAGGUGUAAAUACUGGACAUCCAAAAUGAGAAGUUAAUCCACUGCAGACGUAGAGCAAUGCAAAAGGCUUAUUCAAGAGAAACACCUGUUUGCUCUGAACCAGAUGUGAUAAAAGAAGCUGAUGUUUAUAUUCUAUGUUUCUUUAUAAAGCUUUCAAUCUUGUAAUCAUCUUUUUUCUAUUGAACUCGCUGUAGCUUGAAUAUAUCGCACACAUUAUGUAUUAAUCGACUUUAUUCUCUGUGUGGCCAAUGUAGCUUUUAGAAUGAGACUAAAUUAUAUGCAGUCAUUGUGAAUGACAUUCUUUUGACUUGUUACUUAAGUUUUUUUUUUGUUUUUUUUUACAUUUUCCUUUGAUUUGAAGAGGAAAAAGUGUUGCACUAGAGUAGGCAGGUUUGACAAAACGAUUUUGCUGAAAAGAUCUGUAAAGUGACCACAAAAUAAAUAAAAUGUGUACAGAUGCGCUGGAACAUGGUGUUCACCGACUGAUCACUCUGUGAGCACGGGACAAAAGGGAAAUAAAUGAACAGCAUGGCAGGAAACGCAUGCUGCAUUUCUCCCACGUAACAGGAAGUAAGGUUUCCAUGGCACCAGAGUCGGGAUGCGGGAAAACGUUAGCACAGGAUAAAAGGAGUGAGACAAAGAGAGACACUUUGAAAGAUACCCAUGGCAUCCUUCCAAAAGCAACCCGCAAGAUUGUCAGUAGUGUAUAAUAGCCGACUUUGCAUGCACUAAUUAUAGAGUAAUAAAAGUAAUUUAACACUUGCAUUGUCAUAAAAAAACAUGUUUUAAAUCAUGUGGGAUCUUGAAAAACAUUUUUCUUAGUUUUCACUCAAUUUAAAAGAGUACUAUUAUGUAGUUUACGACUCCGUUUUCCUUGGCUUUCUAGGUUGAGGUUUCUCCAUGUGGAUCAAAUGUAUGCAUAAAGAGUUCAGCGGUAUUACAUGGUUGUUACUGUUUUCUCUAUAUUGGUGCUUUGAUGGACACACUAUCUGUCCAGGAAGCUCUCUACUGCAAAACUAAAUAUACAGUAUAUGUAGAGUACUGUGUGAACAGUCUUCAUCUAAAGCAUGACUGAAAAACUAGUUGUUGUUUUCAAAGUUGUUUUCAGUGAUGUUCAAUUAAAAGAACUGAAACUAUG